AAACUAACAUGAAUAUUGUGUUGUGUAGGCCUAGUCUACUACAAUGUACUGCCACUUGACAUCACACAAUACAAAUAAAAACGUAAUUUUAAUGCAAUGCAUUGUUCAUGGAUGUGAUCUGUAAUCCAUCCACCAUUCCUGGAUCAAUCGACCCCCGAUUAAUCGAUCAGGAAGCAAAGUGACACAACGUAGCAAAAUAGUGUGGAACAAUAUCAGAUUAUUCAUAUGACAUUUAGAUUAUAAUAAUUGUCGAGUGAAUGUCACAAGGAAACGUUAUUGAGCUAGUUAUUUUCGCCGUCCAAAUAGAGUGCCUCUUAACAGAAAUGACUGAACUGUUGCACAGUGCGUUUCACGUGAGGAAGUAUUGAAGGAAAUAGUUUUUUUGUGUGAUAAAGGAGAAGUAGCCUAGGCUAUGCAGCCCGAUCUCCCCUUCACCUCCCGCAGGUCAGCUGUUGUUUGUUUACAUGGCUGUGUGGCAUCAAGUCAACCCUUGGCAUCAAACAUUGGUCUGGACAUCUUGAAGAGAGGAGGGAAUGCUGCUGAUGCUGCUGUGGCUGUGGCUGCCGCCCUGGCCGUGACAGAACCCUGCAGCUGUGGGAUCGGUGGGGACAGCUUCUGUCUGUUCUAUGACGCAAGCACAGGCCAGGUGCGCGGCCUGAACGGCAGUGGCCGGGCUCCCAGGGCACAGACAGUGGAUCUCCUGGAGAGGUAUGGCUACAGUGAGUCUAACCCGAUCCCAUCCUUCCACGCCCUCAACGCCACCGUGCCGGGGGCUGCGGCCUGCUGGUGUGACACCGUCCGCCUGUUUGGCAGUCAGAAGCUCUCUCUCCAGGAUGUCCUGAGGCCCGCCUCUGACCUCGCCCUGUGUGGAUUCCCCGUUGCCCAGGUGACCGCGCACCACUGGGCCAAGUGGGUCCGUACCAUGAGGGCUGCUGGGAGGGAGCUGGGAAGAGACUUCCUGAUUAAGAACGAUGCGCCCAAACAUGGACAGGUGUUCUCCAACCCUCAUCUGGCCCAAACUUUCCAGGAGCUGGGCCAGCAUGGUAAAGUAGGGUUCUAUGAAGGCAGAGUGGCGAAGUUGAUUGUUGAUGUCAUCAUUCGGAACGGAGGAGUGAUGAGUCUGGAUGAUUUACGUAACCAUGACAGCGAGGAGAUCAAACCCAUCCACACUGACUACAGGGGUGUGAGGCUAUGGGAAGUCCCUCCUAACGGUCAAGGCAUGGCAGCACUCAUGGCCCUCAAUAUACUGGAGAACUUCCCCAUCAAAGAGAUGGGUCAUAACAGUGCAAGUUACCUCCAUGUGUUGGCUGAGGCCCUGAAGCUGAGCUUGGCUCAUACAGUCCAUUACUGUGCUGACCCAGAUCACGUUAAAGUCCCUCUGGAGAGUCUACUGUCUAAAGACUACAGCCUGCAGCUCUCACACACCAUACAAAUGGACAGGGCCAGCGCCAUGGCGGAGCGUGAUGUGCCCACAGGAAGUGACACGGUGUAUUUCACGGUGGUGGACGGCCAGGGCAACGCCUGCUCAUUCAUCAACAGUAACUACAUGGGCUUCGGAACUGGUUUGGUGCCUCAGAGCUGUGGCUUCUCCCUGCAAAACCGAGGUGCUCACUUCUCUCUGGAGCGUAGCCAUAGUAACUGUGUAGGGCCGGGGAAGAGACCGUACCACACCAUCAUCCCGGCCCUGCUGACCGACCCCGCCUCUGGACGCCUACUCUGCUCCCUCGGGGUCAUGGGAGCCUUUAUGCAGCCGCAGGGCCACAUACAGGUGUUGCUGAACAUGCUGGAGUUUGGGAUGAACCCCCAAGAGGCGCUAGAUGCCCCUCGCAUGUAUGUGCAGCAUGACAAGGCUGCCCAGCAGUGGCGUGUCAAUUUGGAGGUGGGUGUCGACGAGGGUGUUGCUGAAGACCUGGAAAAGCGUAGCCAUGUGGUUUGCUGGCCUAUCACUGGCCAUGACCGGAGUCAGUUUGGGCGAGGCCAGGUCAUCUCAGUAGGGGAUUGGUGGAACCUGUCUACCCAGGAUGCAGAGCUCAAUGUUAGGGUGUUGUGGGCAGGAUCAGACCCCAGAGCUGAUGGUUGUGCCCAGGGGUACUAGUGACUAGGGCUGCACAAUAUCGGCCAAAAAAUAUAAUUGCGAUUUUUUUUGACCAAAUAUUGCAAUUGCGAUUUUGGCUUGCGAUAUAGAUCAAAACAUUUGGGUGAACUUUUGGAAUCAGUGAAAUAGAAUGAUUUAUAUUAAGAAACAGAUAAUAAUAAUAAUAAUAAUAAAAACAGAUGUUACACGCAGCUUAGUGCCGGUUCAAAAUAUUGCACCCAAUAUGAAUCUCUUGCAAUAUGGAUAUUGCACAUGUCGAUAUUGCGAUUUUGAUAUGAAUUUGAAUAAUCGUACAGCUCUACAUUCUUCGAAAAAACGAUUCCAAAAGGGUUCUUCGACUGUCCCCAUAGGAGAACCCUUUUUGGUUCCAGGUAAAACCAUUUUUGGUUCCAGGUAGAACCAUUUUGUGUUCCGUGUAGAACCCUCUGUGGAAAGGGUUCUACUUGGAUCCAAAAGGGUUCUACUUUGAACCAUCAUUCAACGUGUUCUCCAAUGGGGACAGCAGGAGACCCUUUUAGGUUCUAGAUAGAACCUUUUUUUCUGAGAGUACUAGUGACCCUCUCCCCUCCCUAGGGGGAGCUAGAGAGCUUACAGAAUAUUUACAGUAUGACAGUACACUACACUUGUCCACUCACUGACCAUGUUUACAUGCACAGCAAUAUCCCAUUAUUAUUCAGGAUACUCAAGUAUUCUGUUUUUGAGUUGAUGCAUGUAAACAUCAUAUUAACAUUAUGAGAAACCCGGAUAAGAUGCCUGUUUUUGCUUAUAAUUUCUGACAUUUGAUUGGCCUUAUUAUCAUUUCCAACAUUUGGUAGGCUAUUUGUUUAUCACUUAUAGUUUGAUACAUGCAGCUUCUCUUCUGUCAUUAUUUGUUGCCCCAGAAGACUAAAUACAGUAGUGCUCACCAGAAUAAUAUUUUAAAUCGAUAGAAUGCAUUAGUAGUCUAGUUUUAGCACUAGUAAAGUUGUCUGCUUCGCGUAGGGACCGUGGAGAAAACACAAUAACUCCAAAACAGUGGUCUGUGCAAAAUGUCCAAAUGUCAUCAGUUUGACCAGUUUUAAGAAAAUUAAAAGCUGAGAAAAUGACAAAA